AUGGAGACUGUAGAGGGGCCAGGCACGGUACAGCAUGUCGGUGCUUCCAGCACGUUGCUGCCACGUCCCAUCCUGCAUGACAAUGGUGCUGCCCACGUUCAGGAUCCGGCGAUGGAGUCGGUGCUGCUGAUGUUCGAUGAGCCAGUCAAGGUCCUCGAGGGAAUCUUUCGCAAGCAGGACGUGGAUAGCGACUUCGGUGUUCGCCGCGCCGUGGUCCCGCGGCUCGGGGCGCGACCGCGCCUGGAAAUGCCACGAGGCCUCAGCAAACCCAAAAGGACACCUCUGACUCUGAGAUCCCCCUUCCUCUCUGCUCCAGACAUGCCUUGCAGCGAGGUGGGGUUCGCUCCGUUGAUCUUCGACUUUGAUGUCGAGGCUCACUGCAUGCAGAGUCAACUGCUCCAUGCUCAGGCCGGGAGCGGCUUCUUCCAGAUCUACAUCUGGCGCACGGAGAUUUCGGGUGAAAACGUGACGGUGGAGGCAGUGUUCAUAAAGGAGGUCCAGCUGUCCGCUGUGGCUGCCUCUCUUCCCACUGGAGUUCCGCUGGCACUGUUCCUGGUGGCUUGCAAGCCUGACACUUCACAGGCCACGUUGGCUGAGUUUUCCGAGUCCGUGGUCCGGGGGGCUGCAGGCACCCUGGCCUUCGCAGUGGCCAUGGUCCUGGUGGUGCGGGCUGGCUUCGGAAUGGUUGCUAUGUUAGUCUGUGGCUACGCCGCAUGGUUUGUCACCUGGUGCAGUCUCAGCUUCUUGAUGGCACCGCACGCUGGCAAGGCUGAGUGA